AUGGACCGCGACAAGGACAAACCCGACCACCGGUUUGCGCAGACGACACGUGCGAUCGCCCCGCUCACGAUUACAAGCGCUUCCAAGCGGAGGAGUCUAUUCUCUCGUCCAAAUCUCAACGAUGAUGGAACCCGACCUGCCGGUGCCGACGCGCCCGCUGAAAGCCGAGUUGGCUCGCCGAACAACACAAGAAUUCCUCGCCUUGCCCACCAUCGAGGCAAAUUUACGAUGGAAGAUGCCUACCGCUUGGCCACAGAAGAGGAAGAGGCCGCAGCCCGAGGAUCCCCAAGUCCCGCGCCACGAACAUGGCGCUCACGUCGGGAAUCCAGCGAGAAGAACACGUCGAAGCUGCCUGGUGUCGGAGCUCUCGGGACCCAACAUCGCAGGACGAUGACAAGCAAAUCCACGGAUGCGGUGGGUGAGGAUAGGGUCGGUUUGUCAAUGGGCCUUGGUGCCCGGUCGAUCCGAAGCAACAUUUCCGACAGCAGCUUUGACGAAAAGAUUCGCCAGCACGCCCUUGCGCAAGGAGACCCCGAAGCACCGAUCUCACACAGUAACAGCGCUUCGUCUAAAGCUGGUUUGGGAACCAGAAUACUAGAGACUGGGAGAGGAUUGGUACGGAGGAGUAGUCGUGGCAGUCCCGAGGGCAAUGCUUCACCUCGCAACCCCAAGACUACAACAGCCGGCAAUAGGUUUUCUGGCUUGUUAUCGAGGAAGAAGCGAGAAUUGAGCAGCUCAACACAGACGCCUGAUCUGGCGGAUUGGAUCCGGUUUAGUGAUGGCUCUGCUGGAGAUUUGGCUCGGCCAGCGUCCAACCCGCUGUUGCGCCCCACCUCUGCGCCACCGGACCAAGAGUCUCCUGAAAGGAGUUUUGCAUGGGAAGCAGAGAACGACUUCACAGCUGGCGACCUGCAGGUCUCUGAAAGCCCUGCAGUCAGUCUCGGUCGAAGUAACACCAAGAUCGAUGAAAUACGAGCACUCGAAGCUGAACACAGUGAUAAGGAUCCCGAGAGCAACCCCAACUCUUGGAAGAAUCUCCGGAUCGACGAGAUCAGAAAUCGCGAAGUUGAAACUGCGUCCAAGCCGCCGGAACUCACCGCUGCGCCGCGCGAGGUUGUGGAGCAGACUGCAUCGCAGGAUCGAGACCUCACAACCCGAAGCCGAUCCAGAAGCAACACAAGUACUAAGAUGGAUGAAAUUAGAUCGCGGGAGAUUGAAAGAGUGUCUAGGAGAGCCAUCACCACCGCUCAGCUGGGGAAAAUCCGGGAGAGAAACGCCGAACUCACGUCGCGCUCGCCAUCGCCCGAUAUGGGGCGGAAACCCAGCGCGGAGCCUCUCCAUUCUUUUUCCCCGCCGGACGAACAGAGAUGGAGAAGGGGAUCCGAUGUGGCCAACUCUGCUUCACAGGUACGAGAGCCAAGCGCUCGCCAGAACUCGGUCUCUGCAGCUCUAAACAGUUACGAUGAAGAUGGUCCAGUUAUCGAUGACCAUGAUAGACAACAGAGACUUAGCGAAAAUGUAGGGAUCCGACGCCGUGGCUCACGAGGCAGAGAUGAGUCGCGAGAUGUCUUGCGCAGACUGUCAGCCGCGGCGAUCACAAAUCAGCUCACUGACCUGCCAGCGUCUGGCAUUUCUGAGGGUGUGUCUGGGUGUGAAAGACCUCGACAGUCCAGCGGAAGUCUUCGACAAAUGAUGUUUGCCGGUGCUAAGGGUGACGGCAAACCCACUGUCGGUUUUGUUGGACUUCGGAGGAAUGAUUCGAUGGAAUCCAACCUGACAAAGCGGUCAAGCUUUAUCCUCUCAGAGUCUGACCCUACAGAGCGUAUAGAAGGUGAGAUGAAUCUAUUUGCGCCACAUGAAAACCAGUCUGAACGCGGGUCUCUUCGGGCAUUAUCUCCAGAGCCAGAAGAAGUCACGCCAGACAAAACACCCAAACCCUCCAAGCUUGAUCCUCUCACGAUGCCCACUCCUCGGGUAACAGGUGCUUUUGUCGAAACACCCGCGACGGUCAAGGUUGAGAAAAGAGAGGAGGAUGACAUCAAACCGCAGCCAGACAAACACGACGAACUUCCUGCAGAGCGAGGCAGAAGGGGUGAAAGCGUACCGAGACAGCCCAAACAAACUCAGUCAUCCCGUGGUGACAGGAUGUCGAGGCGUUCCUCUUCGAUUUCUGUCCGACGUCGUGCAAGGUCGCUGUCGAGAGGUCGACCCUUGAUCAAUUCUGGCAAACCACCAACUGUCCGAGAUGACAUACUAGAAAUACAGCGAGCCAACCAGAUCGACGAUUCCACUUUGGAUGAUAUCGCCGACCUCAUCUUGAAACAAGGCGCCAAAGGCCACGGCUCCGAGGCUAUUGAGAUCAAGACCGACGAUGGCGGCGAUGAUGAAAAGGACGCAGGCGAUCAGGAUGCUCAAAGAUUGAGACGGAUGAGCAGGAGUCUGCAGAACGGGAUCAUGAAUAUUCGCACCGCGAAGCAGGGAAUUCAGAGACUGGAGGAUCAAGUUGCGCAUGGCAAUCUCAAGAGUGCGGCCGACGAUGCUACCGAAACCGAACACACUCACAGCAAACAUGACGUUGAUGCCCCGUGUCCCAUCUGUCAAGGAAACGAACCAACCGCGACAACGACCCUCACUUACGUUCACUUGCCUCUACCUCGACUGUGGCAUCACCAGCCGCGUUUCAAGCUUACAUUUCUCGGCCUUUGCGUCUUUCUUCUUUCUCUUUGGUACAUUGCUGAGUCCUGUAUGUGCCACUUAUACUGCAAGCCUCCGUACUGCGGCCCAGGUGAGCCUUGUAACUGGGAUAUUGAAUAUCCUUCUUGGGGCUUCACGAUUCCGUUAAAGUUGGACGAGUGGGUCACGGGGGGACAAGGCAAGCACCUUGUGCAGGAGUGGACUCCCGAGGUCACAGAGUGGAUGAUUGGCUUGUGGGACACGGCUAUGAGUACUGACCCUGAGUCAACCGUCGCAACCCGCUGGAGCCGUAGCGCGAACCGCAGACGUAGAAGACGGGUGCUCAGGCAAGGAGGCUUAAAUCACUAA